AUGCUUGUGGCAGAGGACAGCGCGUUCGUUGCGGGGAAGACACUGGGCGGCUGCGGGUCGUGCUACGAGAUUCAGUGCGCAGACACGGCGGUGGGUGGAUGGUUCAAGGCACAGAACACUUUCGGUGCGGCUUGGGAAGCCAGUGUGCUUCCGGACCCUCCAAUGGAUAUACGGCUCACAAACGCAAAGGGAGAGCAGCUGGUUCUCAAGAAAAUCAUCAGCGUGCCGGGCUUCGUUGGUGACGUGCUGUCGGAUGUUCAGUUUGGCGGCUCGUUUGCACCGAAGGCGCCCAGGCCAUCCAGACAGACGGCACCGAUCCCCAUUCCAGGAUCGGGACCAUCUCCCUCCCCAUUGCCCUCCCCUGUGCCCUCCCCUGUGCCUGCCCCUGUGCCGUCUCUGGUGCCUUCCCCCACUCUCCUUCCCACACCCCCUGCAGUCCCCUCCAUCUCUCCACCCUCGCUGAAGCCACCCGCCGUGGGGGUUGCGUCACUGCCUGCUACGUCCGGCCCUUCCCCGACCCCAUCCCCGUCUACCAGUGGCCCUCCCAGACGCCCUUCAGCGUCGCCCUUGCCGGAUCCCUCCACAGAAGGAUCGGGGGCAUCCGGGCCGCUGCUUGGUAGACAACCUUGA